ACUAUUUCAUGGAAACAGAAAAAAAUGUGUUUUCUGUCACUUCAAGAAAAAAGCUUUUUGUUUCCCCCCCUGGCUAUGAUGCUUCCCUCUUUUCUCUUCAAAUUCCUCUAGAUUGCCUCCUCUUCCCUUGUUUACUUCCCUCCCUCAAGGUAUUCUGAGCGUUCUUUUUCUGCAUGCUCACCCAACAUCAGGCAUGGGUCUGGGAGGGGAAAGUGAAGAUUCUUUCGAGUAGAUGAGCGUGAGAGCGGUGGGGCGUACGUGGUUGCAGCUCCGUUCUGAAUUGAUUUUGGUGAAUCUACAUCUGUCCGGCUCCCUUCUCUUAGCUUUAAAGUUAAUGCCAUUGACACGCUGGACCGUUGGAAGUUGAAGCAUUUUUGUCUUGGUUUUGCAGACUCCAAGGUGUGGAUUAAACAAGCGAAUACAUUGCCCAUUUCAAAAUGCUUUUCAGAGAUGCUUAAAUAUCUUCCAGUGUUAUGUGCAUGACUCUGGUGGGAAUCAGUGGACUUAGCCUGGCUGUUAAUAGGGACAGUGUGCUGGGUGUCGGGAGCCGGGAAGCAAGCAGAGUGUGCUCUGCAGAGGGCUCAGUUGAAACCCUGUGCCUAGCAUGGUCUCAAGUGGUUCCCAAAAAGAUCCUCGGUGCCCCUUGCAAGUUUGCUUAAACCUUCUGACAGCACAUGACUCCUUUGCCUGCAAGAAUGUGCCUCCCGACUUUCGGAAAGCGUUUGUCUUAGUGCAUGAUAAUUCACAAAAACUGUUUGUCACAGGGUGGAGGGAAGUUUGUGUCACUGACCUGCAGUAACAGGCUAAUGUCGAGCAGGGAGGGAGGCUUUGGUUUGCUCCUGCACACACACUUUUGUGUCUACAGAUGCUAUUAAUUGUGUUUCAUUUUUUUCUGAUCAUCCAAACGUAGCUGUGUUAUAAAAAGUUCCCCACGCUGGCUCCAUGUCUUUCCUAUUAGAACAUUGCAGAUGUGUCAAGGACACACAUGUUCCAAAAGAAGCUGAGAAGGGAGGAGGCUCCACCCUCCUUCGCAUGCCAAGCGGGCCCCCUAGGUUCCUCAUUCAGCGCCUGGCAGGCCAAUGGUGUACUAUCUCUUUAAAGCGGCUAUAGUUUUGUGUCUUGGCUUGGUCAAUUUGUUAUGGUUUAAAACUGUGGAGCCAGCUGUCUGCAAUCUGAUGUAAUGUUGCCAUGGAAACCAGAAAUGAAACACUUAAGCAUUCACCACAGAAUUACUACAUAUAGCAUUAGCCAAAGUAAUUAAAAGUUGAGCCAUAUGGGCUUUCUGGUGGAAAAAUCUGCAAUAGAGAGGCUGGAAAUCAAAUGUUUCUAUUUACAAUAUUGUAAAUCCACUCCUCCACAUCCUGUGGUGGCAUGAAUUAAUUGCCUUUUUCUACUUGGGGUUUCAGGGUGGGGAGUUCUUUACAGAUAAAUUUUCACCUUCUCGUUUAGAAGAUGAUCAAAUCCAAGUUUAUUUUAGUACUCCACCCUGGGGUGGGACAGGAGGGGAGGAGACACUAUCUUGUAAUUGAAUGUGUAGCAACCUAUACUGUUCUUUUUUUCACUUUAGCUGAUUUAAAACUUGUUUUAUAAUAGUCUUAAGCCUAUUCUCGGAGUCAUUCAUUCAUUUUACAUGCAAUACAAAGUUUCUCCAGGUGGGAAGAUUUCUUGUAUAUGUGUAUACACACCUAUAUGUAUACAUAUUUCUUAAUUAAAAACUUAUCUAAAUGCUCACAUCCCCAUCAGUGGAGGUGUAGUUUCGAAUCAAAAAAAAUCGGUAUGCUAUUUUUAACAUUUGGGAUGUGCCACAUGCAUACUUGUAAGGAGAAACUUGAAAUGAAGAAUUGAAAUUUAGCUUCCUAGUUGAGAAGAAAUAAAGAAAUGCAUGUCUUUUACAGUGUCUUUCUGUUCAAACAGCUGGAGAGGACUUUUUUAAAGACAAAUUUAUUUCACAACUCAUUUUCCUUUGGAUACAAGAGAAAGUGAGAAGUCAAUACCUCUCCAUCAAUAAAAAGCAUUUGUGGGCUAUAUUGUUGAACUCGAGUGACUUGUAGGCUGAAUUAAGAGGAGAUAUACGUGAAUGCAUAUAUCACACACACAUACGUAUGAUAUAACAAUAUAAUAUAAUACAUAACAAUAUGAUACAUAACAAUAUAUAAUUAUAUACAUAUAAUCUUCAAGGACUGGUUUUAGCUUCAUUUUUCUUCCUAAAAAUUGUGCUGCAUCCACCUUGUCUAGUAGCCAGAACAUCAUGAUGACGUAGCAAAAGUUCUUGGUUGUCAUGAUUUGUGACUGGUCAAAUAGCAAAUACCUCCAAAUUCUUCAGUAUUUUUUUUUAGAAAAGUAAAAAUAACAUUAGUUCAACAUUCUAAAGAGCUCACAUUUCCCAAAAAUAGAUAGAACAUGUGAAAAUAAUUAAGUCCCUGGAAUAUGUUCUUUUUCACCCCAGUGAGUCUGGGCAGAGGAUAGUAAAGCUUAGGGGGCGGAGUCAUUUUCUUUAAAUCCGUUGUCCUGGCUUAACUCUUGAUUUCACCUUGAAAACUCUCUUCUGACCAUGUCUUUCCUACAUAUGAUUUGUGGUUUUGCAGGCCCAAGAUUUUUGUGUUCUUUCUCGAUCUCAGUUUUCUGUAUAUACACACUAAUACAGCUUAGGUCACCUCCAGCCCCACCCGCAACAAGCAAAAGCAGCCCCCAAGCCAGGUGUGAGGUCUGUAGCCAGGAUGCUUUUCAUCCUGGAAUGCAGCUUCCUGUAUUUUAGUUAUAAGCAGCUUGUGGUUAUUUCAUUUCCACUUGACUUCAAAAUUUUUUAAUCGGAGGGUUACAGAUGUGUUCUAGGCUUGUAUCGUAGGGAUGUACAGAGACUUGUAAGCUAUGUGAGUCUUCUUUAUGAAUUACUUGGCUUUUGACGUACAUCAAGAUGGCAGAGUGCUGUUCCAUGCCCUGUAAUUUUGUUUACAUCCCGAUGGUCCAGAGCAAGGGUUAACCAAGUUUUCAUUCCCCUGGUUGACCAAUACGAUCAUUAAGGGUGAAAAUGACAUUCAAACCAGACCAUACCAUUAUAUAGUAGGAGUUAUAUUUAUUGUUUUAGUUUUUUACGAUCUAAGUUUUAGAUCAAGCACUGAAGGCUGUCAGCAAACUUUCUACCCUCCUUCCCCCUUUGCCUGCAAGCCCAAUUUCUAUUCCUCAUUAUCAAGUAGUCAGUCGUUAACUUUAAUUCUGAAAUAUGUACGCCAAAUUUAAUCUGGGAAUUUUAGGAAACUGAGCAUGGAUAUUGAUAUUCUUCACAGAAGGGAAGACUGAGAAAUACCAUUGACCUAAGACUUGCCAUUUAUAGGUUAUAAUAACUGUAAGUUGGUGGGUGAAUGGUUUGCUUAUAGUCAUGCAGGGAGAAAGUACAAUGAGUCCAUGCUGGUAGUUCUGGGGUGAGGACAGAGGCUAGGGAAGGAUUGCAUGUAUCCCUUCCAUAGUGCCAAGUGCUAUGGAAAUAUUUGUGGAUUGCAGCAUGCACUGUUUUUAUUCCUGAGUAAUGAAUAUAACCUUCACCUUAUCUGGAACUGUUCUCCACUAACUCUCACCUACUGGAUUGUCUAUAAAGUUGGGGGUUGAUGAGAGAGAGCAUGGCUGGGGGGAGGAGGAAGUCUCCAUAUUCCACGUUGCAGAGCUAGGUUUUUUUCAUUUCGUGUCUUCAUUGGAGGCAUUCCUCUCCCUGCUAUUUCAGUGAACUAGGCUUGAGGAAAGUGAGAGAAGGCUGUUGCCAGCAUGCACAGGAUUAGCUGGAAUUGCUCCUGAGCUGCCUGGGGUGUGCCAGACUGUGUUCCGGGGUAUGUGAGCCCUAGCCAUGCAGCACCCCCUUUGGUUGGAAACUUCUUUUGCUUCUUCCACAUUUUGGACAGAUAAAACAGAGGAAGCUGCAUAUUGAAUGUUGGAGCUGACUUGGAAACGAAAUCCUCAUUUUGUUCACAAGGAAAGGAUUGUUUUUCGCCUGGGUCACUGCUGUAGAGAGAAUUUUUUUUCUCUCUGUAAUGUUUGAUACUUGAGGGAAAACAGCUGGGCUGAGCAUACUUGAAUCGCUGCAUAACGAAAUGGGAUGCUGGGGAAUAUGGACUGCACUGUAUGGCUGAAAAGGUCAGCUUUUUCCCUUGUCCCUCUUGGAGGAAUGCAGGAUCUGUCCUGCAGCUUGGGAACGAGUUGGGAGAAGCGGAAAGGAUGGCUGAGCUGUGGCAGACUGUCCUAACAAAUGGGACCGAAGAAGGCUUUUUGCAUCUCUUCCCUUUUCUGGCCCUGCUGUUUUUGAUUUUCGGGGAGGACGAGAACAAGUCAACAGAGUUUGGGUUUGGAGAAGUCGUUCAUGACCACGCUAAACAGCAAGUCCUGAUGGGCCAGACAGCUGAGAGGCUGACCCAAACCACAGCCGUGUAACUGGAAUUACAGGGCCAGCCUGGAGCGAUCCUCGCCACAGCUCCCCUAAAGGAGAACCAGGACGUAGUUGAGACAAAUGCACCAAAUGCCAGUCAAGGGCAAGGGUGUGUGUUGUGGUUCCUGGGGCUCAAUUCUACAGUGACUUAUAGCCGAAGAUGUCAAGAGAACAAUCGGAUGAUGAGACCGAGGAGUCCGUGAAGUUUAAGAGGUUACACAAGCUGGUAAACUCCACUCGCAGAGUGAGAAAGAAAUUAAUAAGGGUAGAAGAAAUGAAAAAACCCAGCACUGAAGGUGGGGAGGAGCACGGGCUGGAGAGCCCCCCCGUCCUGGACGACCGGUCCGCCCUCUACUCCGGAGUGCACAAGAAGCCCUUUUUCUUGGACAGCUCUCCAGAAAAGCCUCCAGAAGAUGAUUCUGACUCGCUCACCACCUCGCCAUCGUCCAGCAGCCUGGAUACCUGGGGAGCUGGUCGCAAGUUGGUCAAAACCUUCAGCAAAGGCGAGAGCCGGGGCCUGAUUAAGCCCCCCAAGAAGAUGGGGACAUUCUUCUCAUAUCCAGAAGAAGAAAAGGCCCAGAAGGUUUCCCGCUCCCUGACGGAAGGGGAGAUGAGGAAGGGGCUCGGGUCCCUGAGCCACGGGAGAACCUGCAGUUUUGGAGGCUUCGACUUGACAAAUCGUUCUCUACACAUCGGCAGUAGCAGCUCUGAUCCGAUGGGUAAAGAUGGAGAUUUUGUGUACAAAGAAGUUAUCAAAUCACCUACUGCCUCCCGCAUCUCUCUGGGAAAAAAGGUGAAGUCAGUGAAAGAGACAAUGAGGAAGAGAAUGUCUAAAAAAUACAGCAGCUCUGUCUCUGAGCAGGACUCAGGUCUUGACGGCAUGCCUGGCUCCCCCCCAUCUUCACAGCCUGAUGGGGAACACGUGGACAAGCCCAAGCUCAAAGCCGGAGGUUCCGUGGAGAGUCUGCGCAGUUCCCUGAGCGGCCAAAGCUCCAUGAGUGGUCAGACCGUAAGCACCACCGACUCCUCCACCAGCAACCGGGAAAGUGUCAAGUCGGAGGACGGUGACGACGAGGAGCCUCCCUACCGGGGCCCCUUCUGUGGGCGCGCCAGGGUGCACACGGACUUCACGCCCAGCCCCUAUGACACAGACUCGCUCAAGCUCAAGAAAGGAGACAUCAUCGAUAUAAUCAGCAAGCCGCCCAUGGGGACCUGGAUGGGCCUGUUGAAUAACAAAGUUGGCACUUUCAAGUUCAUCUACGUGGAUGUGCUAAAUGAGGAGGAGGAGAGGCCCAAGCGCCCAGCCAGGAGGAGGAGGAAAGGAAGACCCCCCCAGCCCAAGUCCGUGGAGGACCUCCUAGAUCGGAUCAACCUGAAGGAGCACAUGCCCACUUUCCUGUUCAAUGGAUAUGAAGAUCUGGACACUUUUAAGCUUCUGGAGGAGGAAGACUUGGAUGAGUUAAACAUCAGGGACCCAGAACACAGAGCUGUUCUCUUGACCGCGGUGGAGCUGUUACAGGAAUAUGACAGUAACAGUGACCAGUCAGGAUCGCAGGAGAAGCUGCUUGUCGACAGCCAGGGCCUGCGGGGGUGCUCGCCAAGAGACUCUGGAUGCUACGAGAGCAGUGAGAACCUGGAAAAUGGCAAGACUCGGAAAGCUGGCCUUCUCUCUGCCAAGUCAUCAACUGAGUCCAGCUUGAAGUCUUUCCACAAGACUCAGCUGGGCAACUACCCAACGUUGCCUUUGACCAAGCCGGUGGAGGGGCUGAAGCAGGGAGAGGAGGGCCGGCCUGGCGGCGCCCGGGCCCCUCACGCAACCAAGCCCUGUGUCCAGCCCUGCGGGACGGGUCUGAAUCAAAACCGAAGGAGCCUGCCCGUUUCCAUCUGCCGGAGCUGUGAGACCCUGGAGGACCCCCAACCUGUGGCGGCCUGGCCCCGGUCUCAUUCCCUGGAUGACCUUCAAGGAGAGCCGGAGGCUGAAAAAGACGCGCCUCACCACGUGCCAGCACCACCUCCUCAGACUGUACCAGAAGUGCCACAAAAGACAGCCCCCUCCUCCACCAAGGUUCAGGGCCCCGGCCGAGGCUCUGCUGUUGACAGUGUAUUGCUACUGGCCCAAAGCAAGAGAUUUUCUGAACCUCAGAAAGUGACUCCUAAGAAACUGGAUGUCCCAAUAGCAGCCUCUGCACAGGGCACAUCACCUCCUCUGUAUGUGCCCCCAAACACUGACGCUUACCCUCCCAGAGUUAAGCACAGUUUACCAAGGACGCCUCUCGAGGGUCUUAGGAAAGGACUCGAUUUUGGAGGAACUUGUCAUCCCCCGGGCACCAAAGAAGGGGGAGAUGCUGAGCAGAGGCCCCCUGAGGUGAGAACACAGGCCAAGACGCCUUCGCAGCCUCCACCGGUGCCCGCCAAAAAGAGCAGGGAGCGCCUCGCCAACGGACUCCUCCCGGGUGCCCCCGGGCCUGCCACCCCUGAUGUGCCCGGCCUGCCGGUGAAAAGGGGCUGCAGCCCCAGCGACUGUCCCCCAGCACAGGCAGCCAGGCCCCCUUCAGGACAGGAGCCCGGCAGCCCCCUGAGCGCAAGACGGCCGCCCUGGCUGUCGGAGCUGCCCGAGAGCGCCAGCCUCCAGGAGCAUGGCGUGAAGCUGGGCCCUGCCGGGGCCAGGAAGGCCUCCUGUGUCCGGGGUGUGGAUCUGGAAAUGCUCACGGAAAACAAGUUACGGGCCGAAGGCAUCGACCUCACCGAGGAGCCCUAUUCUGACAAGCACGGGCGCUGUGGGAUCCCGGAAGCCCUGGUGCAGAGAUACGCAGAAGACUUGGAUCAGCCCGAAAGGGACGUGGCCACCAACAUGGACCAGAUCCGUGUGAAGCAGCUGCGGAAGCAGCACCGCAUGGCGAUCCCAAGCGGUGGACUCACCGAGAUCUGCAGGAAGCCCCUAUCCCCGGGAUGCGUUUCGUCCAUGUCAGACUGGCUGAUUUCCAUCGGUCUGCCCAUGUACACCAGCACCCUCACAGAAGCGGGGUUCAGCACGCUGGGCCACGUGCCUUCUCUGUCACACACUUGCCUUCAGGAGGCCGGCAUUACAGAGGAGAGACACAUAAGCAAGCUCGUGUCUGCGGCUAGACUCUUCAAACUGCCGCCAGGCCCCGAGGCCAUGUAGCCAGACCCCACACGGACCUUCUGGACAAGAGCCACCCUGUCACUGUGCUUGUGAUGCUGAUGCAGUUCCUCCUCUGCCGGACACGCAGCCCAGAUCCAGAAGAAAGGCCCAGUGUGUGGCCAGAGCUCGACAGCUUGGCACAGGACCCAUAACCCUCUUUUCUCCAGAAUAGCCCCCUCGAGGACAUUGAUGAGGUUCUCUUUGACCCCCAAAGAAAAGACAAGCACUUAUUUUUAUUUCCGGAACACAAAAGAACCAAGAUGCCAACUUGCCACAAACUCGGUGCCUCCAGUCUGUCCUUGUGCGCGGGGCAGGGGGCUGGGAGCAGAGGGAGGGGUGACCUGUUCUGAUCUGAGCGCCCUUGCUCUUCUGUCUUGUCACCCUGAGGGACCCCCAGGCCAGGCGGGCUUCAGCUAGGCCAAAGGAACAGGCUCGGGAGUGACUGUCCACCACUGACCACGCUCUUUUGUUCAAAGUAAGAAAAUCCGGCUGCUCUAGGGAAAAAAUUCCUACUCUCCUUUAGAUAAACAAGAGACAUUUUAAUAAUUGCUUUCUCGCAAUCAGCUUUUAUUUGCCUUAAUAUAAGCUUUUAAGCAGUUACUUAACUAGUGUUCACUACCCUGUAACUAUACUCCCAACUCUUCAGCUUAAACUGCCAUCUGACGUACCUGGGAUGUUUUCAGCAAAAAUGGGCUUUUCUAACUGUCUUAUUCUAACAUUGCUUAAUUUGUAAGUGUGUUUAUCAGACACAAAUUUCAUGUCAGCUUUCCGUUUUUAAACUAAUCCUGUAAAAAGCUAUCUGAAACUCACAGACAUUGCAUGUGUGCACACAUGUGUGUGCAGACAUGCACAAGCGCGUGGCAACUACCUUUCAUUUUAACCAAUUUAGUGUUUUUUCCAUGUUAUUUUCAUGCUACGGCAUCAACCUGGCACCUGACCAUGUCCAUUCCAAAAUUCAGCCAUCAGCUAACAGAUCACCUUUGCAACAAGUCGUGAGGAUGAAUAGUUCAGAAAGUUUUUUUUUAAGGGAAGUAGUUUGCAAGAGAUUUUUCAGGUGUGUUUUUUUUUUUCUUUCAAUUUUAUAGUUAAGAUACUCUUUUUUCCUUUCUACUUAGAUUUUUUUUUUUUUAAUUCCAGUGAAGGUCCAUAUGGAGCCAAGCAAACCACAUUAGCCAUGUAGUAAGACAUUUGCCUGUUUUCAAUUGUUUUUCAACAGAUUUGCCCUUUUUAGUCUAGUGACUGAUUUUCUAGCAAACAAAUCUAGACAACUAAAUAUGAAGGUUUCCAUUACUUGCACAAUGAUUUUCCUUUACAUUCUCAUCAUGAGCACUCGUAGGCACUGAAAGUGAUCAUUUACCAUAGAAACACUUUGAACACGAAGCCUUGAUGAAAUUUCUGUAAUAUUUCAUCAACUCCUUAAAACACGCUUUCCCUCAGGGAACAAAAAGUGAUUUCAUUCCUUACGAAGCCAUCGUUAGCAUUUGCUUUCUGUUUCUGAGGAAAAGGACAUUCUCAGGUGGUAACAUUUUUUCAUGCAUUGAUGUACGUUUGUAAAAUAAUAUGUGUUUCUUCAGUAAUAUUCACCUUCUAUGAGAUGCCAUGUGAAGAAGUGGUGGAAGUGUAGAGUAAAGAGCUCACAGCUGCCAAAUUUCUAUUGAACUCAUAAAACAGCCCAUUUUUCUCGCCUCCAGUCAUGACAUCCCGGUGUGCAGAGCCCAUUUGGAGAGGAACGAGGCUACAGGGUUCUCAUGCAUGAUUGAGACAUAUUUUCAGUGCUGUGGUGGGCGUGGGUGGCUGCCAUCAAGUUGUCUCCUCCUCCUGCCUUUGAAUCUACUCAGCGUGACAUUCUGAGGGCCCUGCUCUUUGUAUAAACUGAGCAAAUAGACCACACAGGUGUCCUGGGAUAGGUAACAAAGGAGGAGGAGACCCCUUACGUCCAUUUCUGUUUUAGUUCAGUUGCAGCGUAAGAUUUCCAUUUCAGUAAAGUGGCACCAGAAAAGGGAACGUUCUGAAUUUGAGUUUUUGAGAAUGCCAAACUGUAUUUUUGUCACCCCUCUUUGGAAUUCAAUGCCUUUGCCUAGAAAAAUCAAAUUCAGGGACCAUGAAUAAUUGUCAGUGGGAAGGUCUUCCUAAUCUGAGUGGUCUGAGGUUGAUUUUACUUUAGUGUGCUUCUUUUUAAUCUUUUGUUUUUAGUUCUGUAGUAAUUUUUGGUCUUCUUUUGCUUUAAAUGUUUAAUUCGAUUCUAGGAUGUUUGUGCGUGACAUUUGACUGAGGUGGUUUGGGGCCACCUGGGGACUCGACAGGACAGGUGGGGCUUUCAGCGAUAUCCAGUUUUAGCCAGUUGCACUUGGUAGGGAAUGUUGAGGAAUGGUGAAAAUUGUCUUUGGAAAGCACAAAAGCAACCUGGCUCAGGUAGCUGCACCUUCACUGUGUCGUUUUUACUUUGAAGCUGUUAUUAGGAAAUGCAACCAGCCCAAACACGUUCGCCUUCCCGGACAGCCAAGGAGCAGAUGCAUUCCCAUGGCCUUGCCUUAGUCAGAGGCCCCUUUCUCUGUCCUGAACCCGGAUGUGGGUGAACUUGGAGAUUACUCGUCUGUUAGAAUUAAGUUCCUGACAUAGCAAAGUUUGCUUUCAUAACUGCAGCAAAAGAAGUCAGCUCACCUAGUCAAGGCUGCAUGUGUGUACUGUAUUAUUUUUGGAAAAAAAGAUAGUAGUCUGAGUCCAAGUUAUUUUGAUUUUAAAUUGAUAGAGAAAACAAGAAACUGUCAAGCAAGUUAUAUAACAACUAACAACAUUGCACUUUCUGUAUAUGAAAUCAAUAUUUAAAUAACUUAUUUUUCUCCAUUGCUGUUCUUAAACAUUGUAAGUAGCUGUAAUAUACCAGUACCAAUAUGUUAUUGCAAUUGCUUCAGCCCAGGAACGCUGUGUAUUGUUUUAAAAAUUGUAAAAAUUAUUGUGAUGAUUCAUUUAGCAAAAAGAAAGGUGGACAGAAGGGUUUUCCUAUGUAUCAAAUCUUGUCUAUAAUUAUGUCAUCUAUGUACCUAGAAAAAAAAAGUAAAUAAAUUUCAUCAGUUGAACAUGCCUCUUUUGUUGUUGCUUCGGUAUUUUAAA